GCAAAUCCUCCGUGCGCCGCCACCGGUUCAGCUCGCAGCUCACAGUUCGCAGCCGCUCGCUGCCGCCCUCCCGAGCUCCAACCUCGGCGCGUCCCGAACACCGAGCGGGGCUCUCCGACCUGGCCCCCCGCUCCCGCCGCGCUCGCCGCCGUCUCCUCCUCCGGAGUCUGUCGCAGCUGCUAAGUCCCCGCUGGCGGAGCAGCGGCGGUCCCCGAGUCAACUUUCAGCCCCCCCUUGGUUUCUGCCUCGCCAUUCUCAUCUCCUCGAAAGAUGGCUGUUUGGAGAAGGGGAAGAAGUUAGGGGGUCGCCGGCGCGGGGCGAAGGAGGGCGCGACAGCCUCAGCAGGAGCGGGCGGAGGUGAGUGGCACCACAGCCCGGUCCACGGCUCGCGAGCUGGGGAAGCUAGGAAUUGGGGGCCAAGCGUUCUCUGGAUCCGCCGCUGAAUUCCCCGGCCGGGCUCCCCAGAUUAACAGCAUCCCAGUCCGGACCCCGAUGCCCCUUGCCUUGCAUCUUGCAACCCAGAGGUUUGGGGGGUUUAGGGAAACCUUUGUCAGAAGUUCGGUGCCAGGUGAUCUUUUGGUGUAGACCCUAACAUUUGCUAGGCAACCUAGGCGAGGGGUCGGUUGCCUGACCCGCCCCCCUCCCGGGGCGGUCCCCCUGCCUCCGGCCCCAGUUUAUGUUGGAGCCCAGUUUUGGAUGGAAAGUUGUACCGCCAACGUGUUGCUUGAGGAGCAAUACUUAGUGGGGGUACCUUUGAUGUAUCCUGGGGGACUUCAGUUCCAAGUCUAUACAUCAGAACACUGGGUUUUAAGAAAGUUCCGGAGCCUGGAGGAUGGGGGUGGUGGGCAAAGCCAUUCCUUGGCUAGUGGAAGGAGAGUGAUGAAUCGUAAGCUUAUUAAUGUAAACUGGCGAAUUAAACGCCACCCGAGACUGUCACUGUGGUGACUUGAGGGAGGAGAGGACGGGGGCGUUCCCUGAGCGCCGAGCGGGCAGCAUUUGUUUGCCUUUGAAGCCUGCCUUCGCCCACUUGUCCGCAGCGAGAGGUGCUGCUGCCGGAGGCCUGUGCGUCCGCGGUGUGAUCGAACGGGACCCAGCUGCUCUCCAGAUCCCAGGCGCGGUUGUCGGGGAGAGGUGGCCUGCGGCGGGGAGCUGAGGACGCGGCUCCUGUGAUAUGGAACUGGAAAAUCUCUAGUUUCUCCUCCACCAGGCCCCUGGGGACCGACGUUGCCAGCUGAAGGAAGGCUGUGAACCCGCAUCCCACCCAUCAGUCCGACUGACUCCCGUGAUGAGCUCACCAGUGCAGCCCGAUGGGGUGGCUGGACGAGAGCAGCUCUUGGCUCAGCAGAGAAUGCACAGUAUGAUCAGCUCAGUGGAUGUAAAGUCAGAGGCUCCUGUGGGCCUGGAGCCCAUCUCUCCUCUAGACCUAAGGACGGACCUCAGGAUGAUGAUGCCCGUGGUGGACCCUGUUGUCCGUGAGAAGCAGCUGCAGCAGGAGUUGCUCCUCAUCCAGCAGCAGCAGCAGAUCCAGAAGCAGCUCCUGAUUGCCGAGUUCCAGAAACAGCACGAGAACCUGACACGGCAGCACCAGGCUCAGCUUCAGGAGCACAUCAAGUUGCAACAGGAACUUCUAGCCAUAAAACAGCAGCAAGAACUCCUAGAGAAGGAGCAGAAACUGGAGCAGCAGAGGCAAGAACAGGAAGUAGAGAGGCAUCGCAGAGAACAGCAGCUUCCUGCUCUCAGAGGCAAAGACAGAGGACGAGAAAGGGCAGUGGCAAGUACAGAAGUAAAGCAGAAGCUUCAAGAAUUCCUUCUGAGUAAAUCAGCAACGAAAGACACUCCAACUAAUGGAAAAAAUCAUUCCGUGAGCCGCCAUCCCAAGCUCUGGUACACGGCUGCCCACCAUACGUCAUUGGAUCAAAGCUCUCCACCCCUGAGUGGAACAUCUCCAUCCUACAAAUACACAUUACCAGGAGCACAAGACGCAAAGGAUGACUUCCCCCUUCGGAAAACUGCCUCUGAGCCCAACUUGAAGGUGCGGUCCAGGUUAAAACAGAAAGUGGCAGAGAGGAGAAGCAGCCCCUUACUCAGGCGGAAGGAUGGAAAUGUUGUCACUUCAUUCAAGAAGCGAGUGUUUGAGGUGACAGAAUCCUCUGUCAGUAGCGGUUCUCCAGGGUCUGGUCCAAGUUCCCCGAACAAUGGGCCAGCUGGAAAUGUUACUGAAAAUGAGACUUCGGUUUUGCCACCGACUCCUCAUCCUGAGCACAUGGUUUCACAGCAGCGCAUCCUAAUUCACGAAGAGUCCAUGAACUUGCUGAGUCUGUAUACCUCUCCCUCUCUCCCCAACAUCACCCUGGGGCUCCCGGCAGUGCCCACCCCGCUCAGUGCUUCGAACUCACUCAAAGAGAAGCAGAAGUGUGAGACCCAGCCGCUUAGGCAAGGCGUUCCGCUGCCUGGGCAGUUCGGGGGCACCCUCCCGCCGUCCUCGAGCCAUCCCCACGUCGCCUUAGAGGGAAAGCCCAACAGCAGCCACCAAGCUCUCCUGCAGCAUUUACUACUGAAAGAACAAAUGCGACAGCAGAAGCUCCUUGUGGCUGGUGGGGUUCCCUUACAUCCUCAGUCUCCCUUGGCAACAAAAGAGAGAAUCUCACCCGGCAUCAGAGGUACCCACAAAUUACCCCGUCACAGGCCCCUGAACCGAACCCAGUCUGCACCUUUGCCUCAGAGCACAUUGGCUCAGCUGGUCAUUCAACAGCAACACCAGCAAUUCUUGGAGAAGCAGAAGCAAUACCAGCAACAGAUCCACAUGAACAAACUGCUUUCGAAAUCUAUUGAACAACUGAAGCAACCAGGCAGUCACCUGGAGGAAGCAGAGGAAGAGCUUCAGGGGGACCAGGCGAUGCAGGAAGACAGAGCGCCCUCUAGUGGCAACAGCACUAGGAGUGACAGCAGUGCUUGUGUGGAGGACACCCUGGGACAAGUUGGGGCUGUGAAGGUCAAGGAGGAACCAGUGGACAGUGACGAAGAUGCUCAGAUCCAGGAAAUGGAAUCUGGGGAGCAGGCUGCUUUUAUGCAACAGCCCUUCCUGGACCCCCAGCACACGCAUGCGCUCUCGGUGCGCCAAGCUCAGCUGGCUGUGGUUGGCGUGGAUGGAUUAGAGAAGCACCGUCUGGUCUCCAGGGCUCAUUCCUCCCCUGCUGCCUCCGUUUUACCUCACCCAGCAAUGGACCGCCCCCUUCAGCCUGGCUCCGCAACUGGAAUUGCCUACGACCCUCUGAUGCUGAAACACCAGUGCGUCUGUGGCAGUUCCACCACCCACCCCGAGCACGCUGGACGGAUACAGAGCAUCUGGUCACGGCUGCAAGAAACGGGGCUGCUAAAUAAAUGUGAGCGGAUCCAAGGUCGAAAAGCCAGCCUGGAGGAAAUACAGCUUGUUCAUUCUGAACAUCACUCACUAUUGUAUGGCACCAACCCCCUGGACGGACAGAAGCUGGACCCCAGGACACUCCUAGGUGACACUUCUGAAAAGUUUUUUUCUUCAUUACCUUGUGGUGGACUUGGGGUGGACAGUGACACCAUUUGGAAUGAGCUGCACUCGUCCGGGGCUGCACGCAUGGCUGUUGGCUGUGUCAUCGAGCUGGCUUCCAAAGUGGCCUCGGGAGAGCUGAAGAAUGGAUUUGCUGUUGUGAGGCCCCCAGGCCAUCACGCGGAAGAAUCCACAGCCAUGGGGUUCUGCUUUUUUAAUUCAGUUGCAAUUACCGCCAAAUACUUGAGAGACCAACUAAAUAUAAGCAAGAUAUUGAUUGUAGAUCUGGAUGUUCACCAUGGAAAUGGGACACAGCAGGCCUUUUAUGCUGACCCCAGCAUCCUGUAUAUUUCGCUCCAUCGCUAUGAUGAAGGGAACUUUUUCCCUGGCAGCGGAGCCCCAAAUGAGGUUGGAGCAGGCCUUGGGGAAGGAUACAACAUAAAUAUUGCCUGGACAGGUGGCCUUGAUCCCCCCAUGGGAGAUACUGAGUACCUUGAAGCAUUCAGGGCUGUAGUGACGCCUGUGGCCAAAGAGUUUAAUCCAGACAUGGUCCUAGUUUCCGCCGGAUUUGAUGCAUUAGAAGGCCACGCCCCUCCUCUGGGGGGAUACAAAGUGACAGCAAAAUGCUUUGGUCAUUUGACGAAGCAAUUGAUGACAUUGGCUGAUGGACGCGUGGUGUUGGCUUUAGAAGGAGGACAUGAUCUCACAGCCAUCUGCGAUGCAUCAGAAGCUUGUGUAAAUGCCCUUCUUGGAAAUGAGCUGGAGCCACUUGCAGAAGAUACUCUCCACCAAACCCCGAACAUGAAUGCCGUUAUUUCUUUACAGAAGAUCAUUGAAAUUCAAAGCAAGUACUGGAAGUCGGUAAGGAUGGCGGCUGUGCCAAGGGGCUGUGCUCCAGCAGGGCCUCAGUUGCAAGAGGAGACAGAGACCGUUUCUGCUCUCGCUUCCCUGACGGUGGACGUGGAGCAGCCCUUCGCUCAAGAAGACAGCAGGUAUGGAUCCAAUGUGGGCGAACCAUGCAGAAUCGCGGGUGAGCCUAUGGAAGAGGAGCCAGCCUUGUGAAGUGCCAAGUCCCCCACUCUCCCCACCCCCCGAUAUUUCCUGUGUGUGACAUCAUUGUGUAUCCCCCCCCACCCCAGCACCCUCAGACAUGUCUUGUCUGCUGCCUGGGUGGCACAGAUUCGAUGGAAUAUAAACACCGGGCACAAAAUUCUGAACAGCAGCUUCACUUGUUCUUUGGAUGGACUUGAAAGGGCAUUAUAGAUUCCUUAAAUGUAACCACUGUGAUUCUAAAGUUACAGUAAACCACGAUUGGAAGAAACUGCUUCCAGCAUGCAUUUAAUAUGCUGGGUGACCCACUCACUCCCAGGCCCGAAGUAUGAACUAGAAACAGCCAAUACGGCAUUAGACCCUGUUCAUUACAAACGCUAUCACAGCCAUUGAAAUUUGGGGCAAAACCUAGGAAAUACUUGUUCCUGACAUUCUAAUCAGCUUUUUAUUGGAUGACUUUCUGUCAAACAGUCUCACAUUGUUUACAGGAUUUGCUUUCAGCUAUGAACGGAUGGCAAUUCCCGACAGAUCGCAGGGAUUUUGUUUUGUUUUGUUUUGUUUUGUUUUGUUUCUCUUUUGGCCUUGGUUUUAACACAUGGCUCAACUCUUGCUAGUUACGAGUUCAAGAUGGAGGAAGUGGGCUGAGGCGUGUUCAGUGGAACAAACCAUGCUACAUCUCAAAGUCCGAAUGCCAAAGGAACCUCAGACACUGUAUGCAAUGGUGCAAUAUUUCAUGUCACCUUUUUUUUUUUUAAUAGACCUUAUUUCCCUAACAUCCCCCUCUGUGUUCCUACACACAAGGGAGACUUGCAGCCGUAUUUGGGGGGGAGCCCUCCCCGCUCCCACCCCUCGCUCUGAUGGCAGUAGUUCUGGCAUAUGUUCCGUGCAGGAUUUCUAGCGUCUUUGAAAACGUUUCAAAGGUGGUCUUAAUCUGUUCCAAAUCUCUCAAGAAUUUAUUCUCUCAAUUCUCUUUUCCUGCCCUGCAUCACUUCUUUUUUCUUACCUUUCAUCCAUCCUUCCUAUAGAAAAGCUGAAGAUUACCCAUAAUCUCUGCAAUUUCUCAGGAGCUUUGAGUAUUGACUUUUUUUUUUUUUUUUUUUUUUUUUUUUUACUUUUCCAGGUUAACACAGUGCUUGGUCUAAUGUGUUCUUGUAGCUGUGAAAUCACUGAGGUGAAUAUGGCUUAAGCAAUGUUACUGAGUUUUCUAGAUCUUUGAAAUGUGUUAAUGAAGGCAUUGCCUUUUUGAACUUUACCUUGAAUUGAGUUAACCUUGAAGUUGUACCUUUAUGUGAAAAAAAAAAAAUCAACCACAGACUUAACCUUUGCACAUGUGGCCUUAGUGUCAAAGACUAAACAUGACGGACAUUUAUUUGUGAGAUUAAAAGUAACUUACUAAAUAUAAGUAGGUUACCUCCCUACCAUCCAGAAUUCUACUUCAGUGUACAACUCGAACACAUAAACGCAUUGCUAUAAGAAUACCUCGCAGUAUUUAAUAUCUGACAAUGCUUUUGAAAGAGUUGAUGUUUCUUUUUAUAUAUUUUCCUAACUCAAAGGAUAUAUUAAAGCCAUAAGUGAAGAUUGUCAUGCUUUUAUUCAGAAAUCUGAAAGAAACCUUAAUUAAAACAAGGCUUUAAGGAAGGCCAUGAUAAGAAGGAUAUGGAGCAAUAUGGUUUCAGUUAAAGAGGACUCUAACCUGUAAAUCAAAGAUGAAAGAUUUCACUCAAGGAGAAUUAUAUAACUCCCUUUUGUUAUACAGUCAGACCAUAUUUUUCAUUCAUAUGGUUUUUUUAGGAUUACCAUUUUAAUUUUAAAGACUUUUAUUACAUAUACAAAAAUGGCUCAAUACGUGGUUUAACAUCUUAGAAAUUUGAGACGCCCUUUGAAAUAGGAAAUCUGAAAUGGAAUGUAACUCAGUAUUAGGUAAAAAUUACUUUCAUUGAAUAAAAGAGUAAGGUCAUUCUUGAUUCACACUAGUAAUGAUUUUUUUUUGUAAAAAAAAGUCAUAUUUUCAGAGAAAUUCAUGCCAAUCAUAUUUGUUAGCUCUUGUUAUUUUUCUGCAAUUACUUGAAAUUUACUUAAAGAAAACCAAAUAAUGGAGCCAAAGGGACUUUUAAGAGGCUCCCCUCUUUACAACAGAAAGUUAUAUCAUUUUUAAUAAGAAACAUAAUUGUGACUGUUUAAAAUAAAUUGAUAAUUAUAAAUCUCUUUUACUGCUUUCAAUCCUCCCAGAUAUUUUUAGGUGCUGUGUAAAAAAAAGGAAACAGUAGCAUGCAAACAUACUAAUUUACUGAUAUUUCCUACAAUAAUUUUGCCGUGUCCUUAUGCACAGCCAUGGGUCUGAUAGAGCCAAAUCCCUGGGACAUCUCCAUGGUUAUUUAGAUCUAAAACACAACAUAUUAACAAGUUAAUUCCGCACCUUGCCAUGUGACACUGUACCCAACUGGUUGCACUGAGAGUCUGUAACAUACACAGAGAGGCAGGAAAACUGUGAAGAGGAUUAAUCACAGCAGAAUGCAGUGGUAGGAACAGAAGGCAGUGCUUUCCGAUGACACCUGAACAAGGUGGGGUGUAGCCUUUAGGGACAGAACAGAUGCUGUUGGAGAAUAGCAACAUGUCUUAAAAAUAGCCAGCACUUUUUGAAACCAUAGUUGCGGUUAUAGUUUUCUUGACUUACCCAUUUAACUUUUAUUGCUCACGGUUCCCAGUAUGAGGUUAUUAGAAGAAUUUGCCCUAAGCUUUAUGAAUAGUAUAUCUUUCUGAUGCAUACUUUGAAAGAUAACCACAUAGACUUUCUCACAAUCUCAUAGUAACUCACACAUGGGGAAUAAUGUAUUUUUGAGAAAUCUACUAGUAAACAAUGCUAGGAGUUCAAUUUAACAAGGUUUGAUUAUAAGUACAAAAGAAAAUUAAUUUUCUCAAUUAUAUACUACAACCUAGGUUUGUAUAUUAAGUUGAAAAACAGUUUUAUUAGAUAAGUAAGUGACCUCAAAUGGUAAUAGAGGGUAUUUAAUCAUGCUUUGUAAGUGGGAAGAAUAUUUUGAGAUAAAAUAUUUUUAAAUAUUUUAACAAAUUUGUACCACCAAUAGUGGAGAUAGAAGUCAUCUUUUGGAACAAACAGAGAUCCUUAUGAAAAGCCAUUACCAAUUGCAUUUCCAUUACUACUCCUAGGAACUGAUGUCUUGCCUUCUCCUCUCCAUGACAACAUGGCGGGUUUGAAGACAGGACACCUCACUCGAGAUUUCAGAAACUGUGGGGCUAGACUCGGUGAGGAGCUCAGUGCUGUUCUGUUUCUUGAGGUCAUUCAUAAAGCUGUGUAGAUAUGCUGGGGUUCGUUACAGGCUCCCCAUGGGAGUAACAUGGAACGACCAUGUGGAAAGUCUCCUGCAAGACUAUUUCUCUCCAAUCAGUACUUUAUACUUAUUUUUUUUAUCCCAGCAUUUAUGUGUAGGGUAGUUUAUUUCAAUAUCUCCUCCUGUUUAUCUUUUGAAAAUUUACUCUCAGUUUAUCUCAUUACUUUGUCCUUACUUUGAAACUAUUGAAACUAUCUGAAACUAUUAAAUGUCUAAUAGUCAUGAAACAAACAAGCCAAAGGUUUCUGUCUUAAAAGUGAUUCAUUCUGAGCUUGAAACAAUCACUCUGUCAGAGUUUGACAUUGUCGUUUCUGGCAGCAUCUUUCUUAACAUUCCUUUCCUGCUUCAGAAAUGAAAUCACUUGACGUGCUGAGAAAGUAAGGAGAAGAAAAAGCGUAGGAAACAACAUACCUGUCCAGCUCUUCCACAAAGAGGGUCUUUUCAGCUCCAAAAGAAA